AUUAACUAUUUCUGUCUAAUAAUUUUUCUCUCUUACCUAUUAACAUUGCCCUAUAUUAACAAAUGAUGAACAAUAAAUAAGCAAUGGCUACUACGACUAAAGCUCUUGUACCGACUGUUCCACCAUUAUUUAAGAGAGUUUUAUCAGUUUUUCCUCAGGAGUAUUUCAGGUAUUGCUUUGCCUAUGGGUCAGGAGUCUUCAGGCAAGGCGAAGCUUGCGGUUCCAAUCCCAUGAUUGACAUGAUUUUUGUUGUUGAUGACCCAAUUGGGUUUCAUGGACAAAAUGUACUAUGGAACCCAACUCAUUAUUCAUCUGUUAAGUACCUUGGCCAUAAUUUUAUUUCAAAAGUUCAAGAACUUUGGCCAGCCAAAGUGUAUUUUAACACAUUAGUUCCUAUACGUGAAGAGGGUAUAUUGUUGAAAUAUGGGGUUGUUAAAAGCGCAGACUUGAUCGAUGACCUAUAUGAUUGGGAUUACAUUUACUUAGCUGGUAGACUUCACAAACCUGUACUAGAAAUUGGUGUCGCCACAGGUGAACUAAAAUCUUCUCUUUUACAAAACCUAUAUAAUGCGCUACAUGCAGCUCUAUUAAUUCUACCAGGAUGUUUUUCGGAAUUGCAACUUUAUAAGACGAUAACUGCAUUGUCCUAUUUGGGUGACUUUCGCAUGGUAGUUGGAGAAAAUAAAAACAAAGUUAAUAAUAUCGUAGAUAAUCAAGCAAUACAUUUCAGACACUUAUAUCGCCCACUUUUGACUCAACUCAGUAACUAUGUGGAAGUGCCAGAAGGAGAAGCUUUUGAUCAAAUAUGUGCACAAGAUAUGAGUUCAGAAUCAAGAAUGUACCAUUUAUUUCAGUUACCAAAAACUCCUCAGCAAGCUCUUGUGAAGUAUUGGAGAAGUCAUGGCGGAAAAAGAAAAGAUACAGAAGAUGUACUUCGUGAUCUUUCUAAGAAUCCUGAAGUAGGUGACAUGCUUUCAGCAUGCUUAAGAGGAAUAGUUUUCAAGUCGAGUUGUCUUCAGAGUAUUAAAGGUAUUGUAACAGCUGGUUUAAGCAAGUCUGUCGCUUAUAGUAAUAGUAAAAUCAAUAAAAUGCUAAAAUCAAAAUAAAAUUAAAAAGUCUUAUGAUGAGAAUAGAAUAAUUCGGUUACUAUGUGUUUUAAAUGGAGGGAUUAAAUUAUUUUUUUAUUCCUGAACAAAUGUUUACUAUGUGAUCCUAUUUAUAGAAAUAAAAUAAAUAUACACUGUAUGUUUAUUAAGGAGCUCAAUAUAAUAAAUCCAAUUGGUCAAUGAAAAACCAGAACUGAUUUGUCUUUGUUUCAUUUAAACUUCUGAAAUAAUUUAUUUAUUUAAAAUGUCAGUGUAUUAAUUGGUAUGCGUUUAACAAAAAUGCACCAAAUAACAGCUGAAGCCCAGAGUCUGUCUAGUAAUAGCUAUUGAUAUGUUCUGUAAGUUCUGUAAAGAAUACUAGUAACCAGGAAUCACUUGGAAGAUCUAAUAUAGAUAUAUUUUUAAGAUAAACAGGAAAGCAAUACUACAAUUUAGAUCGGGAGGAUUAACCAUCCAAUGAAAAGGAAAUGCGACUAUAAUAAAAAAAUCAACCUCAUAAUCACACAAUACUCCUGAUUCAAUAUUACAAAUGUAUAUUAAAUUCAACCAAUAGAAAAGUAGUGAAUUUUUAACAGGCCAUAGUUAUGUGAAUUAUUUAUAGUUUGUGUAUUUAUUAUAAUUUGAAGUGAACAUAAUUUUGUUAAAUAAAAUAAUUAAAUUGCAA